AUGAAGCUUGCUUUCGUCCAUCUGCUAGUCAACCUGACUCUCUGUCUGGCUACAAUGCUGGGCAACUCGGAUUUCCAGGCCAAACUUGACAAAGUCAAAGAAAGCUUUAGAGGGAUUUCGGAAAUUUCCGACACGCCAUCGCAAUUCAUGCCACUCGAUGAGGGGUGGGCAGCCAGAAGAAGCAACCUAGAUGUCGUCAGUACUUCACAAAGCCCUUUCAUGCCUUACAAACUUAUCCUGCAUCUCUGCCACAUGUCCAAGAUGAUGAGACGGGACUCGAAUGAUGUCGACCUUUACAAGUGGUUCGUCGAGACCGCGGACCAGCAAGGAUGGCCGAAGAUUGAUAAGGCUCGCGUCGACAAGGCCAGCACUACCGAGUUCCGCGAGGGUCUCACCCAUCCCACUGUUCCAAUCGACGGUGAAGACUCUGGGAAGUACCGUACUGCACGAGGUCAGAAACUCCCAUGA